GAAGGACGGGAGGUUCCUCGCAAACCUCAACCCUAUCCCAAACACAUAGUAAUCUGAGGCAAUCAGGCGAUCCAUCCAACGCAAUUCCUGAGGAGGAGGUGGCAGCUGAUAAGUCUCCUAGUAAGGCCAGUGAAGACCAUCCUAUGGCUAAUCUCCCAAGGGAUAAUAUGUCAGUAGCUCUGGUGCUCAGCUCUGAAGUUAAUGAAUGCAAUGAUGUUCCUAUGAUUCAAGGUGAAGAUCAGAUUAGGAGGCAUGGUAAACAACUUGUGGUGGUGGAGGACAGAGGAAGUGCCCAUAAAUUAGAGAAUAUUAAAGGAAAAGGGACAGAUAUAGUGGAGGAAGGUGUGAAGAUAACAUCGAUGGAGCUCACAAAGUUAAAUACUUCUACUUGGAAGAGGAAGAAGUCAACCUCUGGAAGACUGCAGAGGGCUAUGAAAACUGAUUCUGAGGGGAAUAUUCUAAUGCUGG